UGGGGUGAAGAUCAUCCUGAUCACUCUAUUCCUUGAUGAUGGUGGUGGGGUCCUCUGAAUUCAGAAAUCAAUGUGGGUGGUGGGUCCUGGGCUAGGUUUGGGCCAAGGAACACCCCGUGGGCUGUUCUGACUCCUGUUGACCAAGAAGUCUUUGUCUUGACCUGGGCAUACAGCUGGAACCCACUCAGUGCCAGCUGCCACAAAGAGAAAACUUGCUCAUGGCCAAAGCAGGCUUCCCUGGGCAGGAGCUCAAGAGGAUAGGGCAGUGCACAAAGGUUCUGUUCUGCCGUGAGGCCGUUAGUUGACUGCCCCUGUGAACACCUGUGCUUUCCACAUAGGCCCAAAGGAUUCCACUCUGGGUUUCCUCCUGGAACAGAUCAGUUUUAUAGUAGGGGGCUAUGCCUAGGGUUUCUUAUGGGGAGGGGGAGUAACACUGCUAAAAGGCCCCCAAGGAGACUUAGCCCAGCCCACAUGGGCAUGGGUACUGCUCUUUUCUCCAGGAGGACCUCAAAGAUAACUCCUCUGAUGUAGGAAUAAUAAAAUAAUUUGUUAGUUCCUAGUCUUUGAACCAUCUAGGCUUCCAAAAUUACAAUCCUAUGCCAGCCUCAGGCACAACAGUCCUCAUGGGAGCUAAGCUAAAGUCAGGGUACUUCCUGCCUCACUUGGAUAAAUUCAAGGUUAGCCUGGGGUGUCCUCGGAGGCUGGCACCUUUGUGUCCAUUUUCGAGGUUCACUCAGACAGAGGACUGAGAAGGUGGGGCAUUCUUUUGGUCCAGGAACAAUGGGGUGCCAGCGCACAGUCCCUCACUGCCCAGACCUCGGGGGGCGGGGGGGAUCUGUUCUAUUUUCUUGUGGCCGCAGUCUCCUUGACUGUAGUAAAGUACAGAAAGAGGGAUCCAGGCCCCUAUCACCUAUGCCAAGCUCUAGCUUGGGACCACAAAAGCUGCCCUGUCCUGGGAAAAGGUACAGAUGGUGAUGUCACUGCUCCUCGCCCCAAUUCAAAGAUGCGCUCCCGAGGCGCUGGUCAAGUCCUCCCAGACACCUGCAAGCUAUCGCGCGACACCACAGGGCUCUCUACCGCCCCCAGGCCUCCAAGUUCCGCCCCUGGUCACGCCCCCUAGAGCUUGUCCAAUGAGGGGCAAGCAUUCAGGGCCCGCCCCGGUCCUGUGUUGUCAUUUCCGGUCCGUUCCCGGAAGUCGCGCCGUGGAGCCAAAUUUGAAGAGAGCGGGGGCGCGUCCAGGAAGCUGGAGCUGUCGCAGCUUCCUUGGCUACCUGGGCCUCUUGAGUCUAACAGUCAUGCCUAUCCGUGCGUUGUGCACUAUCUGCUCGGACUUCUUCGACCACUCUCGAGACGUGGCCGCCAUACAUUGCGGCCACACCUUCCACCUGCAGUGCCUGAUUCAGUGGUUCGAGACAGCCCCAAGUCGGACUUGCCCACAGUGCCGAAUCCAGGUUGGCAAAAGAACCAUUAUCAACAAGCUCUUCUUUGACCUUGCCCAGGAAGAGGAGAGUGUCUUGGAUCCAGAAUUCUUAAAGAAUGAACUGGAUAACGUCAGAGCCCAGCUUUCCCAAAAAGAGAGGGAGAGACAGGACAGCCAGGCCAUCAUCGACGCUCUGCGGGACUCGCUGGAAGAGCGCAAUGCCACUGUGGAAUCUCUUCAGAAGGCCUUAAGCAAGACCGAGAUGCUGUGUUCCACUCUCAAAAAGCAGAUGAAAUACUUGGAACAGCAGCAGGAUGAAAACAAACAAGCACAGGAAGAAGCCCGCCGGCUCAGGAGCAAGAUGAAGACCAUGGAGCAGAUUGAGCUUCUACUUCAGAGCCAGCGGCCUGAGGUGGAGGAGAUGAUCCGAGAUAUGGGUGUGGGACAGUCAGCGGUGGAGCAGCUAGCUGUGUACUGUGUAUCCCUCAAGAAAGAGUAUGAAAAUCUAAAAAAGGCACGGAAGGCCUCAGGGGAGCUGGCUGACAAGCUGAGGAAGGACUUGAUUUCCUCUAGAAAUAAGCUGCAAACAGUCUACUCUGAAUUGGACCAGGCUAAGUUAGAGCUGAAGUCUGCCCAGAAGGACUUACAGAAUGCUGACAAGGAAAUCACGAGCCUAAGAAAGAAGCUAACAAUGCUGCAGGAAACCUUGAACCUGCCACCAGUGGCCAGUGAAACUGUCAACCGCCUGGUUUUAGAAAGCCCAGCUCCUGUGGAGAUGCUGAACCUGAAGCUCCGCCGGCCAUCCUUCGGUGAUGACAUUGACCUCAAUGCUAUCUUUGAUGUGAACACUCCCCCAGCCCGGCCCUCCAGCUCCCAGCAUGCUCACUGCAAGAAGCCCUGCAUGGAGAAGGCACACUCUCCUGAUCAAGACGUCUCCAAGAAGGUAGCCAAAGGCUCCAAGCAGGAGCCCCAGCUCUUGCUGGGUGGCCAGCGCUGUGCAGGAGAGCUAGAUGAGGAACUGGCUGAUGCCUUCCCUGUCUUCAUCCGCAAUGCUGUCCUGGGCCAGAAGCAGCCCAAAAGGGCCAAGACAGAGUCCUGUCGAAACACAGAUGCUGUAAGAACAGGCUUCGAUGGGCUUGGAGGCCGGACAAAAUUCAUUCAACCUACUGACAUUGCCGUGAUCCGCCCACUGCCUGUUAAACCCAAGGCCAAGACCAAACAGAGAGUAGGAGUGAGACCUCUGAACCCUCCCUCCCAGGCCAAGAUGGACACCUUCCUGUGGCAGAGAGACCAGUGAAUCUGAGCAGUGCUUCUGACUUGUAGGUCAAGGACUGGCCAGGCCAGGGUUUUGGGGGGAUGGCCCCUCUUCACCAGUCUUGGGAGCAAGGACAGCAAGCAGGUGAGAGUGACAGUGACACCCAGACACUAUGCUCUUCCUGCACUUACUCUGCCCCACUCCCAUCACAGUGGGCCUGUCUUUUGGAGCUGAUAUGGUCAAUUCGCUGUUCUUGUGAACAGCCCAUUCCUGGUUCUGGGAUUCUAUUUAUAGCCAUUAUUAGAUUGGUUGGGUUCCUUCUGGUCCUAGAGACCAGGCUCAUGUGUUGACUGGCUUUAUGGACCAAAAUGCUUGAGGACUUUAAUCUUCUACCUGCCUCUGACCUGCUAGGCAUGACUGGGCAAUAGGGGAUGGUGUGGGGAGAGGAUCGUGAAAGAUUUCUAUGUAAAAUAAAGAAAGAAUCUCUUCUUCCUG